AUGGAUGGAGCAACCUGCCUUGCAUCAAGUCAAGGGUGGCUCCUUCUAUUCCGCGAAGGCUCAAUGUUCUUCUUCUGCCCUUUCUCUCGUGCCAAAAUGGAGCUUCCGGUCCCAUGCCAAUUAGCCCACCUAGAAUUCUCGGACGAUGUAGCGAUGUUUUCAGCUCCUCCGACUUCAAAAGAUUGUGUCGUAUGCAUUGCUUGUAGAACCGAACAAAGAGAAGACUUAGAGCUGUACUUGAUUCACCGUGGGUCCAAUUCAUGGACCAAGCACAAACUCGAGUCAUUCCCCCACAAAAUCGUAUAUGCCGCAUACCACAACGGGGUCUUCUACUACUUCGACAACACAUGUUUGAUGGUUUGUUUCUCGAUCGAGGAUCGGAGAAUAAGAACCGGUAAGGUAAUUUCCGCAAAGUCAGCGAACGAUAGAUGUCUCCCAUUCAGAUUCAGUUCCAAUCACGAGAAAAGGGACAGGAAGAAACGAUUGGCAUUGGUACUGGGAGAAGAGACUCUAGUUUCCACCUGUGGGACGAGAGUAUCUUCUUGUCACCCUGCUUAUAAGAUGAUCCCUUCUGAAAACACAGAGAAAGCUAAAGAACCUGGAACCCGCAAAGGGGUUUGGUUUCAACCUCGUUUCCAUCAUAUUGACAAAAAGCAAAGCUGGUGA